CGUUGUGGGUGUGGCUCCGCGGUGACGUCACCGCCUGACAGCUAGCUGUCAGAAAGUGAGUUCAUUCGCCUCACACGGCGGAGACGGAGCGCUUUCGUUACGGUUUUCGCCUUCCGUUGGAAUCGAGCCCAGCAGGUCAUCGAGACUGCAGUCUGACCUCUUCACCGAGCCCGGCCAUGGAUGAACAGGCAGGGCCCGGCGUGUUCUUCAACAACAAUAACAACUCUGUUUUACCCGGCGGAGGGAAAGGACCGCUGCCGGAUGGCGACGCUGGGGAGGCGGCGAGAGCGCAGUAUAGUAUUCCGGGGAUCUUGCACUUCCUGCAGCACGAAUGGGCCCGUUUCGAAGUAGAAAGAGCACAAUGGGAGGUGGAACGAGCCGAAUUACAGGCCCAAAUCGCCUUCCUGCAGGGGGAGAGGAAAGGUCAGGAGAACCUCAAAAAAGACCUGGUGAGGAGGAUCAAAAUGCUGGAGUAUGCACUGAAGCAAGAGAGAGCAAAGUACCACAAGUUAAAAUACGGGACGGAGUUGAAUCAGGGGGACAUGAAGCCUCCGAGCUACGACUCUGACGAGGCCAACGAGAACGAGACCUCAGGAUCGCUCAACAAUCAGCUGUCCUGGAAACAAGGCCGGCAGCUCCUCAGACAGUACCUGCAGGAGGUGGGAUACACAGACACCAUUUUAGAUGUAAAAUCCCAAAGAGUUCGGGCUCUGCUGGGACUUGCUGGAGACGGAGGAGGCAGGAUGGGAACUGAGCCUUUAGUGAACGGGACGGACACAACAACAAAGGGCAUAGGCACCAAGGGAAAAUCUGAGCUGUCUGACCCCAGCGCCGUACUGGAAGUCUUCAAUUUCAUUGAGAAUGCAGAAGAUUUAAGCGAUGAAGAUGAGGAGGAGGACAGCGAGGGGAAGGGGCUUACCAACGUAGAAUCCAGGACCAUCAUGAGGAAAAAGCCUACUCCUGCAUCUCACUCGGCCAACAUGGACACCAGUGAGGACCCAGACGCCAAUGCUGUUCUGAAGGUCUUUGACUUCCUGUCCAGACCAGAUGAGAUGGACACUUCGGAGUCUAGAGGCCCCGGCGAUGGGACGGACUGGGAGAAGGACGAGCAGGGCUCCAUUUCUGAGGCCUGGGACGUGGCCCCGGGCCUGAUAACCCAGCUCAAGGAGCAGUACAAAAAGGAGCGCAAGGGGAAAAAGGGGGUUAAGAGACCCAACCGAUCCAAGCUGCAGGACAUGCUGGCCAACCUGAGGGAUGGAGAGGACAUGCCUCACGUGCAGCCGCCGUCCGCCCCCCAGCCCCGGCCCAACGUGCCCCGCUUUAACGAGCACGAGGGAAACCGGCCGGAUGAAGUCGAGACUCUUACUUUCCCGCCCACCCCAGGGACGUUUAUUAUGGGCACAGAUGAAGCCAUGGAAAGCGAGCUGGGGCUUGGGGAUCUGGCCAGGCUCACUGUGGCCAACGAGGCCGAGGGUCUGGCAUACGAUAUCGGCAACAAUAAGGAUGCUAUGAGAAAGACGUGGAACCCCAAGUUCACCCUGCGGAGUCACUUCGACGGGAUCCGAGCGCUGACGUUCCACCCCGUGGAGCCCGUCCUCAUCACGGCAUCAGAGGACCACACGCUCAAGAUGUGGAACCUCCAGAAGACUGCUCCUGCCAAGAAGAGCACAUCUCUGGACGUGGAGCCCGUCUACACCUUCAGGGCUCACAGGGGGGCGGUGUUCUCCGUGGUGAUGAGCAGCUCAGGGGAGCAGUGCUUCAGUGGGGGGCUCGAUGGCACCAUCCAGUGCUGGAACACCCCCAACCCUAACGUCGACCCCUACGACUCCUAUGACCCGUCCGUGCUGCGUGGAGAGCUGAGCGGACACACCGACUCGGUCUGGGGUUUGGUUUACAGCGGCGUGCACCAGCGCCUCCUCUCCUGCUCUGCCGACGGGACCGUGAGGCUGUGGGACGCCAGCACCACCUCCCCCGCCCUCGCCGUCUUCAACGAGAACCAAAAGAUGGGAAUUCCCUCCUCCGUGGACCUGGUGUGCAGCGACCCCGCUCAUCUGGUCACAUCCUUCACAAACGGGGAGAUCGGAAUCUUCAACAUGGAGACCCGACAGCUGGUUCUCAGCCUGGAGUCCAACUUGGAGGCGGGAACUUCCUGUCACAUCAACAAGGUCUUAAGCCAUCCCACUCUUCCCAUCACCAUCACGGCGCAGGAGGACCGACACAUCAAGUUCUUUGACAACAACAGCGGGAAGCUGAUCCACUCCAUGGUGGCUCAUCUGGACGCCGUCACCAGCUUAGCUGUGGACCCCAACGGGCUUUACCUGAUGUCUGGCAGUCACGACUGCUCCAUCCGUCUCUGGAACCUGGAGAGUAAAACCUGCAUCCAGGAGUUCACGGCUCACAGGAAGAAGUUUGAGGAGUCCAUCCACGACGUGGCGUUCCACCCCUCUAAAGGCUACAUCGCCAGCGCCGGGGCAGACGCUCUCGCUAAGGUGUUCGUAUGAUGCGGAGCUGCGAGUCCUUCCACAGCCCUGCCCACUGACUCGGACUCCCAUAAUCAGGGACCAACAGAGACACGGCAGGGGGAGGGCCUUUGGACAGGGGUCCAGCCCCGCCUCGCACAGCCCACAGCUGGACCUGCAGACUACGUAGCCUCUGGCGGGCUGUGAGCUGGCAGGGAGGCCAAGCAGAAGGAAAAACUGCUCCCUUUGUCUCCCACCCAUCAUCCAGGCAGGCCUGGGUGUGAGCGGUCACCGUGCCCCCCCACAAACAGACUUUACCUCCACAGAAGAGCGGCUCAGGGCAAGUGUUAGCAAGGAGGGGAGAAACGAGCUCUGAAGCCCUGCUUCCUUCUCCCCGUGUGGCUUCAUUCUAGAUUCUAGAUCUACGCUCAUUCUAGGGACACACCCCCCCAAAGACAAACAAGGACCAGCCCCCUCACUCCAAGUGUUUUUCAGAAAGGCGGGGCACUUCCUCUCCUCUGCUUCCCAGACGGACUCUGCUCGAUGGUCUGCCUUUAUGUUCCUUUUUAAAACCCGUCUUGACAAAUGUGCCUUUGCUUUAAAAAGGUCUGGAAAAUAUUAUUUUAACAAGCUUCUUUUGGAAGGGGGGGUGGAGAGUCUGGGAGCUGGUUGUCACGAUGGUGUUGAUUUUAACAUUGGAUGUAAAAUUACAAAUGCUUAUAAUAAACAAAAAUAUAUUCAGUCUUAAACUUUACUGUGCAGUGCGAGUUUGAGUGCUCAUUUUUGAUAAGUGUGGUUGGGGAAUAAGUUUGAUGCAUUUUUGAGGCCGUAGUGAAGCAGAUCAGUAAAUAUAUUUGCCUGUUAGAUUAUCUGUGAACUGCAGAAGUAAAACUACCAAGUCAAGCGUUUUGCUAGCAUCACAGCUCAGACCUUCUAGAUGUCAACUUUUAGGGGUAACUUAACAGAUUUUGGCCAGUUUGCUAUUGUUUGAACUGAAUGGUGUGUACUGUAUGUAGAUCUCCCCAGCUGUGUGGACAUGCUUGACCACGAUGUGAUGUCCUAAUAUCUACAUUAGUCCGGUGUUUAGCCAGAAAAUAGUGCAGUACUGUAGGACUGUUUUUGGAAGAACAGGCUGACCAUUCGGCGUCCUCCGCUUGCAGCUCGCUGUAGCCCGAGGACGGACAUCCAAACUGUUUUACAUGGAGAGUACAGCUUCAAAUGAGCCAUUUUCUCAGUCACUGGUUUGUACAUGGAAGUAUGUUCAAAAUAAAACCUGCUGUAAAAUCUUCA